AUGCCUAAAAUCCGUCGAAAUAAAAACGUUAGCUCUAAUUUAUUCGAUGCGAAUGAAACUUUAGUUUUCCAAGCAAUUAAAAUCCUCCAAGAAAUUAAUAUGCCCUCACCAUAUGAUAACAGCCAUAUAAUUUUAAAAAAAUUUGGCCAAAUUGAUAACGAUAAGCCAAGAAGAUCACCAAACAGUUUUUUAUUAUAUCGAGCAGUCGUCACCCACAUAUUGGCUAAGAGAAAUAUUUAUCUUGCUGCGGAAAAAAUCUCGAGAAUAGCAUCAGAAAAAUGGAAGAAUGAAUCCAAUUCAAUUAAAGAAGAGUAUAUCAGAUUUGCCGAAGAAAUCAAAACCACUUUCUUGAAAGAUGCAAACUCGCCUUCCAAAAGACGACUCAAAUUUCGCUACGAUAAACAUUGUUCUUCCGCCUCUAAUAAAUAUUGUGAGUUAACGGCGACUAGCUUGGAACAUAAGUUUUCGCCCUCAAAUUUCUCAGUUAUUGAUUCGACAUCUUUUCAAGAAGUGAAUGCGGAUCUCACAAUCUCUGAAACACCGUCAACAUCAACUGAAAUUCUGCCAUUAUCCCGUACUGAACUUGGAGAAUAUGAUAAUACUACCUACUAUUAUAUUGAUCCUGCACUGAGCUAUGAAAAUACUGUACCAACCUGGGAAACUUUUGUACCAGCCAUGCCUAUGUAUAUUCCGAAUUUUACUAGCUUUCCAUUAACGAUGAACGAAUUGGAAAGUUUGGAAAGUUUGGAAAGUUAUUUGCAAAGUUUUCAUGACUUCUCUAUGAAUGAUCCUGAAAAUUUUACUAUUUCCUCAGAACAGUACAAUUUAGAAAGUUCGGAAAAUUUAGUUACCACUAUUUCAUGUAACAUUUUAUAA